CAAACAGUGAGCAUGCUGUAAACAUACGGAGGUUAAACUGACUCUGGUCCUGCCUGGCUUCUGAGCUCAGAGUGGAGACAACUCUUGGAGGAAGCCCAGGGGAGACAGGCGCACAGGGCUGUGCCUGGGACCGUGGGGCCAGGAUGGUUCCAGGGACUUGCUGCUCUGGGCUGGUUCAGGCAGGCGCCCGUUGUCAGCAGUGGGGUGCUCAGAGGGACACUCUUGCUUUCCACUUCUGCAGGUUGGCCUCCGGCAGCAUGAUGGAGGAAGGGCCCCACAACUCCACUGGAGGCCAGCAAGGUUGGUUUGCGGCCAGGAACGGGAGUGGCAGCUCCUUGGACCUGGAGUCUGUGGUGCGACCUCUUGCCUUGAACCCAUGGGAUGUUGCCCUCUGCAUCUCGGGGACCAUCAUCUCCUGUGAGAACGCCAUCGUGGUGGUGGUGAUCUUCUACACCCCAACUUUCCGGGCUCCUAUGUUCCUCCUCAUCGGCAGCUUGGCCACAGCUGAUCUCCUGGCUGGCUUGGGGCUGAUCCUGCAUUUUGCCUUCAUCUACUUCAUCCCAUCAGAGGCAGUCAGCCUGCUCACGGUGGGGCUCCUGGUCACCUCCUUCACAGCUAGCGUCAGCAGCUUGCUGACCAUUACCAUUGACCGCUACCUGUCUCUCUACAAUGCCCUGACCUACUACUCGGAGAGGACAGUCACCAGGACUUACAUCAUGUUGAUCCUGACUUGGGGAGCCUCCAUCUGCUAUGGGCUCCUGCCCAUCAUGGGCUGGAACUGCCUGAAGGACCACUCUGCCUGCAGUGUUGUGAAGCCGCUGAUGAAGAACCACCUCAUCAUCCUCUCCGUCUCCUUCUUCAUGGUCUUUGCAGUGAUGCUCCAGCUCUACAUGCAGAUCUGCAAGAUCGUGUGCCGGCACGCCCACCAGAUCGCUGUGCAGAGACACUUCCUGGCCAGCUCCCACUACGUCACCACCCGAAAAGGCAUCGCCACCUUGGCCGUCAUCCUGGGUACCUUCGCCUCGUGCUGGCUGCCCUUUGCCAUUUACUGUCUCCUGGGGGAUUACAGCUACCCAGCCCUCUACACGUACAUGACCCUUCUCCCUGCCACCUACAACUCCAUGAUCAACCCGGUUAUUUAUGCCUUCAGAAACCAAGAGAUCCGGAAAGUCCUGUGGACUGUGUGCUGUGGGUGCUUCUCUUCCACGAUGCCUUUCCGGUCCAGGUCCCCCAGUGACGUCUAGCACAUCACCCCCUCCAGAAGCUGUCUGCACAUGUUUCACUCAUUGAUUUUUGUUGGUGCAUUUUCUUUUCUAUUUUCUUUGUUUUCCCCCCCGCCACACACUCACGUCCAGAAGCACUUUGUAAGAGCUCUCUAAAAUGAGCAGCUCUUCCCAGCCCUGUCCUUUUGUGCACA